AUGAGUGGACAUCUCGGCGAUUUAUCCUCUGAUCAAUUGCAAGCAUUGAAUGAAUUAAAAGCCCAUGUGGGUACUGAACAUCCAACGGAUGAGGCUACCCUGUUGCGAUUUUUAAGGGCCAGAUCGUUUAAAGUUGAAGCAGCAAAAAAGCAAUAUAUUAAUCAAUGCAAGUGGAGGAAAGAAAACGAUGUUGAUAACAUUCUCAAUCAACCGCCUCCACUUGAUAAGGAAAUGAUGGCGAUUAUUUCUCUAGGCUAUCAUAAACAUGAUCGAGAUGGAAGACCCGUUUAUGUUGAAUUAACUGGCAAAAUUGAUGCAAACAAACUCAUGGAGUUGCCACUAAGUGAAAUUAUGAAAAGACAUAUAUGGCACAACGAAAAACAGUUUCGUAGGGCUGAAGAAUUAUCUAAACAAUUUGGAAAAAAUAUAGAAACAACAACGCAAAUUCAUGAUAUGACUGGGUUAAAUUUCUCACACCGCAAAUGUUUAUCAAUAUUUAAGCAUGUUUCAAAAAUUGACCAAGAUGUCUAUCCUGAAAGGGUAGGGAGGGUUAUAUUUGUUAACGUGCCAUGGCUAUUUCCUCUAUUAUGGAAAAUAGCUAGCCCAUUAUUAGAUCCGAAUACCAGGGAGAAAUUUGUAGUUCUUGGAGGAAAUGAAAUACAUAAGUUAUUGGAUUACGUUGAGCCAGAAAACCUUCCUGAAAUAUUUGGAGGAGUUUGUAAAUGCCCUGGCGGAUGUAUGCAUAUAGUUCCUGGACAUUUGUUAUAUGUUGCCCUACCUUCAGUAUGCUCGUAUCUAAUAGCUUGCUGUUUUUCAGGAUUCAAAAAUACUGAUAUUAAAUUUAGAGUUCUUUGGCAACCGGAAAAAGCCUCACAACCAGAAAGUAUCAUCCCAUUAGAGCACGUUACCCUUGAAUCAGCUGAAGGGCAUUUUGCCGCUACUGCGAAUGGAAAACUUAUAAUUGAAUUUGAUAAUUCUACAUCGACUUGGUUAUCUAAGGGUAUUAAAUAUCGAAUUAAUGUUGACCAUGGAUCAUAA